CCCCCCCCCACUUCUCUCUCUCUCUCUCUCUCUCUCUCUCUCUCAUCCGCUUGUAAGCACCAGAAAACAAGCAUGGAGCCAAUCAAUUCUACCAACGGCGGCGCUGAUCAGGUUCUAGUGGAAGGGCACUCCCAUGCGAAAAAAGUUGUGUUCAACAGGCCUAAGCAACUGAAUGCACUUUCCUUUCAAAUGGUAUCUCGGCUAUUGGAACUCUUUCUUGCCUGUGAGGGGGAUCACAAUGUCAAGCUAAUCAUUUUGAAGGGGAAAGGAAGAGCAUUUUGUGCUGGUGGUGAUGUUGCUGCUGUAGUCCAUGAUAUUACUGAAGGCAAUUGGAAAUUAGGUGCAGAAUUUUUCCGCAUAGAGUACAUCAUGAAUUAUGUGAUGGCUACAUACAGUAAACCCCAGGUUUCAAUUCUCAAUGGGAUUGUCAUGGGAGGCGGAGCAGGAGCAUCAAUACACGGGAGAUUUCGUGUUGCAACAGAGAAUUCGGUUUUUGCAAUGCCAGAAACAGCUCUGGGACUCUUCCCAGAUGUAGGUGCCACAUAUUUUUUACCGAGACUCCCUGGAUUCUUUGGAGAAUAUGUUGGUCUCACAGGUACUAGAUUGGAUGGUGCUGAAAUGCUUGCAUGCGGUCUUGCAACUCAUUUUGUUCCUGAAGUGAGAUUGUCUUUGUUAGAAGAAGCCUUAUGCAAUUCAAAUUCAAGUGAUCCGGCCAUUAUUUCUGCAAUUAUCGAUGAAUUCUCUCAGCAACCUAGGUUAAAGGAGAAAAGUGUCUAUCACCUGUUGGAUAUCAUUAAUAACUUCUUCUCCAGAAGAACAGUUGAAGAAAUCAUAUUAGCACUUGAGAGGGAAGCUGUAAACACGAACAAUGGUUGGAUCUCUUCAACCAUUAAGUCAUUGAAGGCUGCAUCCCCCACAAGUCUUAAAAUUACUCUUAGAUCGAUCAGAGAAGGGAGGCAUCAAGGUGUGGGGCAAUGCCUUAUUUCUGAGUACAGAAUGGUUUGCCAUGUCAUGCAAGGAAAAGUCAGCAAGGAUUUCAUGGAGGGUUGCAGGGCUAUACUGCUGGAUAAGGACAAGAACCCAAAGUGGGAACCUUCUAAAUUGGAGCUAGUAAGUGAUGAGAUGGUCAAUCGGUACUUCUCUAAGGUGGAUGAGGAACAUGUUGCGGAUUUAAAGCUCCCCACCAGAUCAAACUUGCCUGCACAUGCCAUUGCAAAGCUCUGAGCAUAGCUAUUAACGGUUUUUCUUCUUUGGUACCCCAUCUUGUGCUAAUGGGGCCACUUACUGGAGUAAGUGUUCCGCGAGUUGUUGGUAUUUUUCUUUUGGUAUCGGGACAAGUAUUUAGGUACUAGAUGAAAUUUGAAGAAUAAACGGUGAUACCAGAUAAAGCAGAAGAAAUGCACAAGGCUGCUGAUUUUGCCAUUUCUUUUUUUGUUAACGGCACUUCCCUGCAAGUGUAUUUUUUUGCACAAAAAAAUACACUUGCAGGGGAGUGGCGUCAACAAAAAAAGAGUGGCAAAAUCAUUUCCCAAUGCACAAUCCAUUACACAAGUUUAUUGUACAACUUGUACUUUGGUGCUUGCAAAUCCGAUGCACUUUGGAAUUUGUAUAUGCACAAAUUAAAGCAUUUCUUACACACACACAGGCGGAUCUAGGUAGAGGCAAGCGGGGUCACCUGACCCCACUCAAUUGAAAUUCUCCACAAAGAUAUGCAUAUAUUAUUGGAUGUUUUGGUAAUUUUGCCCCAUGACAUUAUAUUAUCAUUCCUGUAUCUUGCCCCAAGUAGUAUUGAAAAAUUACAAUUUUGCCUAA